CUUUGAGCGCUUCCUUUGCCCAUUUCCAAGAUGGCGCCCGCGGCCAUGCUUGGAGUGCAGGGUGAAGCUACGGUUCUGCCAUUACUCAAGAUGGCUGCCCCCAUCAAGAUGACCGGGGUGUGCCUGGGGGAAAGGGGCAGCAGGAUGGUUUGAGAUGGUCUAGCAUUGAACCACAUGGAAGUUUCUGAAACUGGGGAGCCUGAUGAUGGGGGGUGGAGCCCGCGGAGGAUAGAGGGAGCAGUAGAUUGUUUCCCCAGGCUAACCCCAAACCCUCCCUGUCCCCUGGACUAAAAUGGGGAACACCCUGGGCCUGGCACCGAUGGGGACUUUACCCCGCCGGGGCCCCCGUCGAGAGGAACCGCUGCCCAACCCCGGGAGCUUCGAUGAGCUUCACCGGCUGUGCAAAGAUGUAUUUCCAGCACAGAUGGAGGGCGUGAAGCUGGUUGUCAACAAGGUUCUGAGCAGCCAUUUCCAGGUAGCUCAUACUGUGCACAUGAGUGCUCUGGGUUUGCCAGGCUAUCACCUCCAUGCCGCCUAUGCAGGGGACUGGCAGCUUAGCCCCACUGAGGUGUUCCCCACCGUGGUGGGGGACAUGGACAGCAGUGGCAGUCUCAACGCCCAGGUCCUGCUUCUGUUGGCAGAGCGGCUGCGAGCUAAGGCUGUCUUCCAGACACAGCAGGCCAAGUUCCUGACCUGGCAGUUUGAUGGCGAAUAUCGGGGAGACGACUACACAGCCACUCUGACCCUGGGAAAUCCUGACCUGAUCGGGGAAUCAGUGAUCAUGGUUGCUCACUUCCUGCAGAGCAUCACUCAUCGGCUGGUGCUAGGAGGAGAGCUAGUUUAUCACCGACGACCAGGCGAAGAGGGGGCCAUCUUGACUCUGGCUGGGAAGUACUCAGCAGUACACUGGGUGGCUACGUUGAAUGUUGGGUCAGGAGGGGCCCACGCAAGUUAUUACCACAGGGCGAACGAACAGGUCCAGGUUGGAGUGGAGUUUGAGGCAAAUACAAGGCUACAAGAUACAACUUUCUCCUUUGGUUACCACCUCACUCUGCCCCAGGCCAAUAUGGUGUUUCGAGGCUUGGUGGAUAGUAACUGGUGUGUAGGUGCUGUGUUGGAGAAGAAGAUGCCUCCCCUGCCGGUCACUCUGGCCCUCGGAGCCUUCCUCAAUCACUGGCGCAACAGAUUCCAUUGUGGCUUCAGCAUCACUGUGGGCUGAAGCUGUCCCGGAGGCAACCUCCACAGCAGCUGGAACCUUUGAGUCAGAUGCCCUAGGGCCAGAGACUAACGAGGUCGCACCCCAGAGCCUACCUUGCUGGAGGACUUCCAGGUCCCAUGGGCAGAGUGGGGGACGGGAUCGUGUCCUUCUCAGAACUGGAGCUUGCCACAGGAUCACUUUCCAAUGAGGCAGUGGUUUGAGGUGCCCAAAUCUGCCAUCAGCCCCACUAUAAUUUUCCAUAAGCUCUCUAUGGCUCUGGACUGAAGGAGGAGGAUUAAGGGAUGUGUCUGGCUCCCCGCACCCUACUUUCUUCUUUGUCAUUUUUCUUUGAUUACGAUAUUAGCUCCUUCUUCUUCAGAGCAGAAAAAUCUGCAUGGGAUCAGCUCCCUGCCCCAUUUCUCCCGUUUCCCAUCCCUCGGCCUCCCAAGGUUGGGGAAGUAAGGUUAAAGAGCCAAAUCUUUGGCCAUAGAAAGACAGAAGAAUGGGCCCACCCAUUCCCAGAAGGAACUUUACCUCCUAGCCCUGAGGCUUCCUUUUUUCCCAUCUUUUGUGUCUCCAGAGAACAACUUUGGCCCUAUGGUCCCCCCAACUCCCCACCCUCUGCCCCGUGCCCUCUCCACACCCCCUACCCUCUCCACACACCCUGCCCUCUCCACGCCCCCUCCCCUCUCCACACCCCCUCCCCUCUCCAUGCUCCCCCCGCCCCCCAUGACCACACGAAGAGACAGUUACUGUUCAGUGUUUCAUUGCUGUCACGGAGCUCCUUUAAGCUGGUCCCCAUCUUGGGUACCAGCCAUUUCCCCUUUCCGGUCCAAUGUCGGGGGAGUCUGGGGCAGGAGGCAAGCCUGGGCCUCAGCUACAGAUUUCCCCGAGCAGUGGCAUCAUAGCAGACAGUCCCUGGAUGCGCUGGAUUUCAUAUGAGUAUGCAUUGUUGAUGCUCCGGAGCUCAGCCAGCAGGCCCAUCAGCUUUGGGUACAGAAACCUUUGGAGGGAGCAGUAGGGUUACCAGGGAAAGAAGAGGGAAAUAAGGCAGCUGGGAGUCUUGUCCUGAGGCUCCCGUCCCCUGAACUGUCCCUCCAGGAGGCUAAGUCUGAACAUUGGAGAAUCAUGCUGUGGAUGGCACAUACUAUAUUUGAAAAGUUCCAGAAGUCCCCAGGAGGGCUUCUGUCAACACUGUCUUCCUUCUUUGUGCCUAGUUUUUCCUGAGCCCAGGGCGUAGAGGUCAAGUGUAAGGAAUCGCUAGACUUGGCCAGAACUUCAGCUGUAUAGAAUCUGAAGGUGGGGCCUUUUAGAUGGAGUUCCAGGAGGUGGGCGUGUUGUUCGAUGGUAUAAGGCAUCCCCUUCUUAGCAAACUGAUUUAUCAAGGAGUGAGCAGAACAGAAGUGGCCUGAACUUCAGAGCCUGGAUGACUGAACUAGGGACAGGCUUUGUCCACGAAACUGUGAAUGAACGUGACCUCAAAUGGAACCGAAAAAUUCAAGGAACUGACCCAAGGGCGAGGAGAGGGCCAAAAAGAGGAAUGAACAAGACUUUGGAAAUUUUGCUUUAGUAUGGAAAAGUUGGAGAGGUGAGGUGAUGGAUAUCACCAAUCUCAGGAAUGCUAUCAUACACCGGCCAAGAGCUACUACUUUGCAUCUCUACUGAAUAAAAAAACAAACAAACAAAAAA